AUGGCUCCAGGCCUUAUAUCCCCACAACCGGCCGUAUCCCAAGAUGCUACGCGCUCACUGAACGACGUCACAGCUAGCUACGACGACACAUUACGGUUCUACCUCAAUGGCACAAAAGUCGUGCUCGACGAUGCGGAUCCAGAAGUUACGCUGCUGGAGUAUCUACGGGGCAUUGGCUUAACGGGGACGAAGUUAGGGUGUGCGGAAGGGGGGUGUGGUGCUUGUACGGUGGUUAUUUCCCACUUCAACCCCACGACAAAGAAGAUAUACCACGCCUCGGUAAACGCAUGUCUCGCACCGCUCGUCAGUGUCGACGGCAAACAUGUCAUUACCGUCGAAGGCAUUGGGAAUGUCAAGCGGCCACAUCCCGCCCAGGAACGCUUGGCCAAGGGCAAUGGUAGUCAAUGCGGAUUCUGCACACCAGGCAUUGUCAUGUCGCUGUAUGCGCUGCUCCGUAAUACCGAUGCGCCCACCGAACACGACGUCGAAGAGGCGUUUGAUGGCAAUCUCUGUAGGUGUACGGGGUACAGGCCCAUCUUAGAUGCAGCACAGAGCUUCAGUGUGAAAUCCGGGUGUGGCAAGGCAACCAGUAAUGGGGGAGGGGGAUGUUGUAUGGAGAAGAAUGGUGCAAAUGGUGGUGGGUGUUGUAAGAGUGGUGGCACAGAGGGCGAGGAGCAGCCCAUCAAGCGAUUCACACCGCCAGGCUUCAUCGAGUAUAAGCCCGAUACCGAACUCAUAUUUCCGCCACAGCUAAGGAAAUACGACUUCAAGGCCCUCGCAUUUGGGAACAAGAGGAAGAAGUGGUUCCGCCCGGCGACGCUGCAGCAGUUGCUGGAGAUAAAAGAUGCGUAUCCUUCUGCGAAGCUGAUUGGAGGCAGCACCGAGACGCAGAUCGAGAUCAAAUUCAAAGGGAUGAACUAUAGCGUGAGCGUUUUCGUCGGGGACAUUCCGGAAUUAAGACAGUUCACCUUCCACGACGACCAUCUGGAGAUUGGCGGAAACGUGGUGUUGACGGAUCUCGAGCGGAUAUGCGAAGACGCUGUCGAGCACUACGGAAAAGUGCGAGGUCAGCCAUUCGCCACGAUACUGAAGCAAAUCCGGUACUUUGCUGGACGGCAGAUUCGAAAUGUGGGCACCCCGGCGGGCAAUCUGGCGACUGCGAGUCCGAUUUCUGAUCUCAACCCGGUGUUUGUAGCGACAAAUGCUACCCUCGUAGCUAAGAGCCUGAAAGAUACCACCGAGAUACCCAUGUCGACGUUCUUCACGGGAUACAGACAGACUGCGCUGCCACCGGAUGCGAUUAUCGCAGGCCUGAAGAUCCCGGUUGCGAAAGAAAAGGGCGAGUAUAUCCGCGCGUACAAGCAGUCGAAGAGAAAAGACGACGAUAUCGCCAUUGUGAAUGCCGCAUUAAGGAUCUCGCUGGACGACGCACAUACGGUGGAGAGCGUGGAUCUGGUGUACGGCGGCAUGGCGCCAACUACGAAUCCCGCACGGAAAGCGAUGGAGUUCCUCCAGGGAAAGAAGUUUACCGAUCUAAAGACAUUGGAGGGCGUCAUGGAUAGGCUGGAAGAAGACUUCAAUCUGCGGUUUGGCGUUCCAGGUGGUAUGGCGACGUACAGGAAGUCCCUCGCACUCAGCUUCUUCUACAAAUUCUAUCAUGAGGUGUUAGCUGAACUACAUGUUGCAGAAGCCGAGGUCGAUACGCAGGCCAUCGGUGAAAUUGAGAGGGAGAUUAGCUCGGGCAAAAAGGAUGAUAAGGCGGCGGAGGCCUACAUUCAGAACGAGGUCGGACAGUCAAAGAACCAUGUUGCGGCUAUGAAGCAGUGUACAGGCGAAGCACAGUACACGGACGAUAUCCCUCUGCAGCGGAACGAGCUUUAUGGCUGCUUGGUGCUGUCGACGAAAGCACACGCCAAGUUGCUCAGUGUCGACGCGGAGCCUGCACUGGACUUGCCGGGCAUCGUUGCGUACGUGGACCACAAGGACCUGGCCUCUCCAGAAGCCAACUAUUGGGGGGCCCCCGCCUGCGACGAGACCUUUUUCGCCGUCGACGAAGUCUUCACAGCCGGUCAACCGAUCGGUAUGAUCCUCGCAGACACGGCAAAGCACGCAGAGCAGGCUGCCCGCGCUGUCAAGAUCGAAUACGAAGAGCUUCCGGCUAUUUUCACAAUUGAAGAGGCGAUUGAGCAGGACAGCUACUUCAACCACUUUCGCCACAUUCAAAAGGGAGAUACGGAGAAGGCUUUUGCGGAAGCUGACCAUGUUUUUACUGGUAUCGCGCGUAUGGGCGGCCAGGAGCACUUCUAUCUCGAGACACAGGCUUGUCUUGCAGUGCCGAAGCCAGAAGACGGAGAGAUGGAGAUCUUCAGUGGCACGCAGAAUCCCGCUGAGACGCAGGCAUAUGUCGCAAAGGUCGUCGGUGUCGCUGCCAACAAGAUCGUAUCGCGCGUUAAGCGCAUGGGCGGUGGUUUCGGCGGCAAAGAGACACGUUCCAUUCAACUUGCUGGUAUCGUGGCCUGCGCAGCAAACAAGGUUCGCAGACCUGUACGAUGCAUGUUGAAUCGAGACGAGGAUAUCAUGACCUCUGGACAGCGCCAUCCCUUCCUUGCACGGUGGAAGGUUGCAGUGAAUAAAGACGGGAAACUACAGGCGCUCGACGCAGACGUCUUCUGCAACGGCGGCUGGUCUCAAGAUCUGUCUGGCGCCGUCGUCGAGCGCUCACUGUCACACAUUGACGGCGUCUACAGCAUUCCUAACAUCCAUGUCCGCGGCAGAGUGGCAAAGACGAACACAGUUUCCAACACUGCGUUCCGCGGCUUUGGUGGUCCACAGGGACUGUUCAUUGCGGAGACGUACAUUGAAGAAAUCGCAGAUCACCUAGGCAUACCCGCCGAAAAGAUGCGAGAAAUCAACAUGUACUCGCCUGAAACGAACAUGGUCACGCACUUCAACCAGGAGCUGAAAGAUUGGUACGUUCCGCUCAUGUACAAACAGGUACAGGAAGAAUCCGCAUACACCAAACGCCGCGAGCAGAUUGAGGAAUGGAAUAAGACGCACAAGUGGAAUAAACGCGGUCUCGCCAUUGUGCCGACGAAGUUUGGCAUCUCCUUCACCGCGCUCUUUCUAAACCAGGCCGGUGCACUAGUACACAUUUACCACGACGGGAGCAUCCUCGUUGCCCACGGCGGUACAGAAAUGGGCCAAGGACUCCACACGAAGAUGAGCAUGAUUGCCGCCCAAGCCCUCAAAGUGCCUCUCAGCGACGUCUUCAUAUCCGAAACAGCGACCAACACAGUAGCAAACACCUCGUCAACCGCCGCAUCCGCCUCCUCGGAUCUAAAUGGCUACGCCAUCUUCAACGCCUGCCAACAACUCAACGAGCGCCUCCAACCCUUCCGCGACUCCCUCGGCCCAGACGCAACCAUGAAGCAACUCGCCCACGCAGCCUACUUCGACCGCGUCAACCUCUCGGCCCAGGGCUUCUACAAAACGCCCGACAUAGGCUACGUGUGGGGCGCCAACACGGGCCAAAUGUUCUUCUACUUCACCCAAGGCGUCGCCGCCGCCGAGGUGGAAAUCGACACGCUGACAGGCGACUGGACCUGUCUGCGCGCCGAUAUCAAAAUGGACGUGGGCCGCUCAAUCAACCCGGCUAUUGACUACGGGCAGAUUGAAGGCGCGUUUGUGCAGGGCCAGGGCCUGUUUACUACCGAGGAGAGCUUAUGGCAGCGCAGUACGGGCGGCAUUUUCACAAAGGGGCCUGGCAAUUACAAGAUUCCUGGUUUCAGGGAUAUUCCGCAGGUGUUCAAUGUGGCGUUGUUGAAGGAUGUCGAGUGGGAGAAUUUGAGGACGAUUCAGCGGUCCAGGGGCGUUGGCGAACCCCCCUUAUUCAUGGGCAGCUGCGUCUUCUUCGCCAUCCGCGACGCGCUGAAAGCUGCACGCGCCCAGUUCGGCGAGACAGCUGUGCUGCAUUUACAGUCCCCUGCUACGCCUGAGCGGAUUCGCAUCUCGUGCGCGGAUCCGAUUUUGAAGCGGGCGUGGGUCGAACCGCAGGAGGGGGAGAAGAGCUUCUUUGUAAGUAUUUGA